AUGGACGCCUACCCCCCAGACUACGUCGACCAUAACCUCCCGCUCGUCCUUCUCUCCGGGCUGGAGCCGAAUGGCCAAAGCUUGCAGGACUCUCUCCCCUCUGAAGGUGCAUAUCCGGGUUUGGAAGAGCAUGGCUUCCAGAUCUUCUCCGACUUCCCGCCUUUGGUGGAUGCGACAGCGGAAGGACUGCUGGCGGAGCUCUUGGCGGAGGACGCAUCGCAUGCUCCAUGGAACGUUCGGACACAUGGUGGAAAGGCAGGGGGUGUAGGAUUCAAGGUACAGCGGGCUGGGCGGACAUAUACUCUGCCUCCCCGUAAGGCACGUCCGCCAGCAACAUCAUCAUCGUCCAGCGGCACUGAUCACCAUGAAACCACAUUGUCCCCGCUUAUCCUGCAUUCUCCACUUUCUCCUUUAACUCCCGGCUCGCCAACAUACCCUGAUGGUAUUGCGACCUCCCUAUGGGUAACCAAGCACCAGAGCUUGGUGCCCGCCGCAUUCGUCAAUUUUCUCCCGCUCACCCUUGACUCGAACAUGGCAUCGCUUCGUGACAAUCAGCUGAAAAUAGAAAUCAAUAGUCUAAAAAGGGAUUGGGCUGUUUCUGGCUAUAAAACGAAGUUUGUGGUAGCGUUGAUAUGUGAGGAUGGACCACUACCCGCAGACGUGAACGAGCGGAUUUCGAGUAUACGGAGGGCCACAAAUUUGGAUUUAAAGAGUGUCUUCGUUCUUCCACCAUCCCCUUCCCAGUUGGACAUCCGUGAAUUUGUAAAGUCGCUUUUCUCGUCCCUGCAAAGUCCAUGCGUGGAGUAUUAUCGGGAUCUCUCCAAGCAUGCCAGACGAAAACGAAACAGAGGAACUAUACCUCCUCCAACCGUACCACCUACAUCGGGAACAUCACAGACUUUGGCGAGUCAAGGCUGGAAUAUACGCUAUGAGUUCAAAUUAGGCGUAUUUGCCGAAUUCCGCCAAGAAAUGGAUGCUGCAUGUCGGAGCUAUGAAAGUGCAUACGAAUUACUUUUCGGGGAAGAAGUGUUUGAAACAAUAGCCGGCUGGAGCUCUAGGUUCAACGAUGCACGGAUGCUGGCUGACGUUCUUGCUAUUCGAAUUAUUCGAUGUCUAUUGUGGACUGAGCACACUACAUCGGCUGUCAGGAUUUGGCUGACGCACCAGAAACGUAUCAGAGAUAUGGUUGACCGUCGCGGAAAAGGCACCAAGAACUAUGGCUGGGAGGCCUGGGAGGCUAGAUGGUCACUUGUGAUGACGGACCUAAUGCAGCGGGCGAACCUUUCCGCCCUAACCCCGCCGGCCGACACGCUCCGGACAUAUCCAAAUAUGCGCCAAACGGUAUUGUUUGCGCCCCCUGAAAAGGCAGCCUCUGCAAAUGACAGAUUAUACCCCUGGGAACUACUUCACCAUGAGGGAUACUGGCUUAAUCGGGCUGCCAAACAUACAUCAAAAAGAAGGUUACUAGCGGAAAAGAUACCUGACGAAGACAGGUCGCCUACCAGUCAGACUUCAGCCGCUCAAUCAAAACAUCGAUCAAACAUAUAUGACACCUAUCUAGCUCCGGAACCCUACGAUGAAUACCCUUUAACAGGGAAUAAGGGCACCAAUUACUCUAGGUUAAUCAUUGAUUAUCUUACAGCUUCCUCUGACCAAUUCUCCAAAAGAGGGCAGUUCCGCGUAGUAGAAAGUCAAAAGUUAGAUAUUGCAAGAGAGCAUAUGCGAUUGGGCGAAUGGCAAGCUGGGCUGGAUAUUCUACGGCCGAUGUGGCCGGCUCUGACUUGGCGGCGGGAUGGUUGGUGGCAGCUGAUGGAAGAAUUCGGGUGGGCGCUGAGAGAAUGUGCACACCAUGCCGGAGACCCUGAAACAAUCCUUAGAGUUGACUGGGAAUUGAUGAAUGGCCGUUUUACACGAAGAUCGGAAUGGAACUACGACAUCAACAAAAGCAUUGCGGAUCUUCCCCUCCAAAAUCCUAAACCGUCAGUCGUUUUCAAGGAGGACGAGGAAGUGGUCCCCUGUUUGUCUGCUUCGUUUGCUUUUGAGAGAAGCGAAGGAAAUGUGGGGGAACCGUUGCUUGCUCAACUCGUUAUAACAUCGACAGCCCAUGAAACUGCUUCGGCGAUUCGCCUGUCUGAGGUGAUAGUUGCUUUUGAAGGCAGCCUUCGCCCAAUCAAGCUCCAAGCAAGCCCUGUAGCUGCGACGGUUUCGGACAACCAAACUCGAAUAUCGCACACCAUGCUGGUCGAUUCUCAAUCGUCAGAUGCGGCUAGCAUCCAAUCCCCCACUCUAGGCGGCACGUUGUCGAUGACUGGCACUGUUGACCUAGCAUUCCCUCCUGGUCAGACUAAGGCUUUUAACUUGACGUGCAUACCGCGUGAAGCUGGCAAGGUCCAAGUAACGUCCAUCACUUUGAUGAUCGAAGAUGAAAUGUUCAAUCUUACAUCCGUUAUAUCUAGUCAAUCUUUCAAAGACCCAGUUUGGUGGAGCCCAGGAAUAAAGGGCGCCAUUUCGCGAAGAAUUGGCAAGGAUAGAGAUACCAUUACCUGUGAUAUUUUGCCAAAGCCACCGAAAGUUCGUAUUCUGACACCAACGUUGCACGAUCAUUACUAUACGGACGAGCAUGCGGUUCUUGAUAUUCAAAUUGAAAACGAGGAGGAUGAAGCAGCGGAAAUUUCUAUUGAAGCCAGGCUGCUUGGCCAAUCCGAAGAUUCUGCUCAGAUUCAUUGGGUCGACGACCCUGAAGCUUGUGUUCAGCCUCGCGACUCCUCCCCUACUAGCCCUACGGACGACAGCGGCUCUCUGGGCCAAGUAAAACGGAAAGAAAUCGGAGCUCUGGACUCUGGAGGUCGAAAAGCAAUAUCCCUCAAUGUGACAAAUACGUCUGUACCACUCGAAUACGGGCUAGAAAUCUCCGCAUUUUAUCAUCUACUUUCGGAUCCAGAGACGCCAAUAUUCAAAACUGUGACCCUUGAUCUCCCAUUCAUUCGACCCUUUGAAGCAAAUUAUGAACUCAUGCCCCGUGUGCAUCCAGGCCCGUGGCCGGAUUUCUUCCACGUGGAUGAGCCCAAGCUGAUUGACGAAUCUGAGCCUCGGGCACACGGUCUACAGCAGCGAUGGUGCCUGGAUUGCAAAUUGAUUUCUUUUGCUCACGAGACCCUACUCAUCGACAAAGUAUCUGUGGCAGUGACGGGGAUAGAAGGGGGAUUGGUUCGCCACAUUGGCCCGGAAAUACAUACAGGCAAUGUUGAAGCCGCCGAGCUGCAUCCUGAGCAAGUUCGGGAAUCACAGUUUAUUCUUGAGCUUCAACGACUUACGCUUGGCGAUCGCCAGACGACAACGCUGAAUCUGGCACUCGAGGUUAAAUGGCGUCGACAAGACGCGGAGGCGCCAUCGUCGUCGGCCGUUGAAUUAUUCAUUCCUACCACGACACUGUCGGUCCCACGGUUCGUGAUCCCUAUGGGAGAGCCUCGUGUUCUCGCAACUGUCACCCGGGCAUCCGCUCUACCCAACUUUAUCCACCUCGACUACACGCUCGAGAACCCAUCCAUCCACUUCCUCACUUUCACCAUCACCAUGGAAGCCAGUGACCAAUUCGCCUUUAGCGGUCCAAAAUCUCUCGCGGUACAGCUAGUCCCUCUGAGCAGGCACACGGUCCGGUAUAAUCUGCUGGCCGCAGGGAAUCAAAAAUGGAUUCAACCGCAGCUGAUGGUAGUGGAUUCUUAUUACAACAAGACGCUGCGGGUUCUUCCGACCGAGGGGAUGAGGGCGGAUAAAAAGGGGAUUCUGGUAUAUACUGCUUGA